AUGCCGUACGAGCCGGUGACUUGGUGUCUGCCUCCCAAUCCAGACGGGACCAUGCGUCUUUUCUCCAUCGUUCCUCGUAAGGAGAGUGCUGGCGCUGACUUGCAAUGGUGGGAUCUUCCAGAACAGUUGAUAGAUUCAGAACAGCUGCUAGAUCUUCCAGAACGUCUGGUGAAUAUUCCAGAACCGUUGGUGUUGACAGAGGGUCCCUGUCGCCUUCUGGAGUUGCCUUUGGAGGUCAUGACAAACAUCCUACACCAGAUGGAAGACAAAGCAGAUCUCUAUGCCCUGCUUCAAGCAGCGCCUAGGCUCUACAACGUCAUCAUCCCUAUCUGGUGGAAGCAUCUGACCAUUAAGCUUCGUAACGACAGAUACUCAAAUUCGAUGCCAACGGACCUCGCACAUCUACUCAAGGCACGUUCCCCAGGUCUUGAUCGUCUUGAGUUCGUUAAGAGCAUUGUCGUGAAAGGAACCUGCCCACCUCUGAAUUGGUGCAUUCAUCGCAAUAGCAUUUAUGGGAGAUUUUUUCAAAACCAGAGCAGAGACAUUGGCAUGUUCUUGCGUCAUUUGAAGCCUAAUAGCCUAAACCACUUCAGUUGGACCACAGCCACAUGCAUGGCGGAUACCUUGAUUGCUCCAUGGGGGUGUCUGACCUCGACACAGCGAGACCUUGAGGAACUGAAGCUCGUGUUGAGUGCCAAGUGCCCCGACGAACAAAAGAAUCUGUACCUGGGCUCGUUCAGAAAGCUCAAAUACCUCUCUGUGCGAGGUCUUCGGCGCCAACCAACGAGCGCGUCUUUCUACCCUGGCCUAGAGGCUAUGCUCAUAUGCUCAUGCUCUUCGCUUAGAGAGUUUGAACUCGCCGCUGUCCCGAAUAUAGACGAGGCUCCGUACAUGGACGCAUUGGAUGGGAAACAAUUCUGGCCAGUUCCUAUCACUGGCUCUUCCUCCAAACCAAGGGGGAUGUCAGUUCGACUUCGAAAUGCCUUGCCCACCUUAGAUAGCGACGAUUUCUUCCCGGUUCAGCAGGUCACGGAUGAUGGUUUCCUAUUCCCCAAUCUCCGCGUUCUGCAUCUCGAGAUGGUCAAUUUGCAGGGCUGCGCGGAUAGACUUGUACAGACUAUCGACGUGGCGUCCAUGACCUCCCUAACGCUCCGUCAUUGCCAGGGCUGGGAUGAAUUUCUGCUUCUCAUGGCCCAGGGGACACGGCCGAUGAGUCUCCGCAAACUCGAAUUGGAAUAUUUUGAGGGAACACUCGCUUCAUCCGACAUGAUCAACCUUCUCAACCGCUGCGCUAAUAUUGAGGAUGUCGCUAUCUGCGACGCAGAUGAGGAACUUCCCCUGGUCGCAGUGCAGACCUGGAAGUCGGUUUGUCGCGAGCGUCCCAGUCUUCGCCGUUUUGUUCAUCAUCAGGCCGACCAUUUUGAAAAGGCGGAUUGGUUGACUCCUACCGGCGAUCCUCAGCGUGGAGUCGAUGUUGGUGAGGAGUUUUUGAAACAGAUCUCGGAGUGCAUCAGUUCGCCUGAAGCGAAUCCGUUUACCGAUUCCAAGCUCGAGUUUCUCGGGAUUUGCUGCUUCCCCACAGACAUGCUGGUAGGACUCCUCCGCCCUCUCUCAGAUCAACCCCAUCUUCGCGUCAUCCAUUUCCGCAAAUCAGCAUUUCACAUGAACGCGCUCACAAGCCUUCGCCGCGCUAUUGAUCACUUCGUCCGCUGGGCCUUUGGUUGGAACGGUAUCCCAUCUCUAAAGGUAGUCUUGUUCGGCGAUUAUUCGACCUACCAUGUGAAAAAGGGGGCGAAUUUCCGCUACAAUCGUAUUGAGGGCAACCAGUCUCCAAAUUGGGAGACAGUAGUUGAUCCAGAUGUCUCUGAUCUUCCCGCGCGUUUCGUGGCGAUGGCAAAGGCUUGUCCUAGCCAGUUCACGAUGUGA